CGCUUGCCAAUUCGCUGGAUGUCCCCAGAAGCUCUGUUUGACAAUAUAUAUUCCACACAGUCUGACGUCUGGGCUUAUGGAGUCUUGCUCUGGGAGAUUGUCACAUUGGGUUCCAGUCCCUACCCUGGUAUGUCAGCCAAGCAGGUGAUGGAAGCUGUAACUGAGGGUUACAGGAUGCCACAACCACCACACUGUUCACUGGGCAUGUAUAUCAUCAUGUUGUCCUGCUGGGAAGAAGUCCCAAGUUCAAGGUCAACAUUCAAAGACAUUGUUAACUCCUUGGACAUCCUCCUGGCCUCUGACAGCGAUGUUCUUACUCUUGGAAAGUUUGAGGAGAAAUUGUACGAGGACAUUGACAAGUACAAUGCAGAAGAAAAAUGUUGAAGAAUAUUUCAAAUACAUGUGGUCUCACUUGGGCAUUAGUAUACAUUGCAGCUUUGGACAGUAUUUGUUUGUGUUUAAUGAAAUAGGCAUAGUGAAUAUAUACCUGUAUUUAAA